AAAUAAAUGGAAUAGUAUAUGACUUGGCUUCUUCUGCUCCUACUACUGUUGCAGAAAAUUCUCGUCUUAAUUUAUUACGGAAAGAGUUGCGUAGAUUAGAAGCUAAUUAUCUCAUUACUGAGGCAACGAAAAUACCUUUUAUUACUGAAGAAGCAAAUCAAAUUCAAGCAAGAAAGUAUAUACUUCGUGGAAUUAAUGGUUACAAUUGUUCUGAGUUCUUUUAUCUGGAAAAGAUUCAGAAAAGACUUAACAAAUAUGUAAAAAAUCUUCGUAUCAACCGAUACAAACCAAGUCGUGAGUCAUGGUAUAAUCCUGACUAUUUUUGGUACUGUAUUGGUUAUGCAAAAAAUAAAGGUGAGAGAUCAAUACUGAAUAAAUUUCCCUUCUUGUUGAAAGAUAAGAAUGGGAAUACUAAUAUUGCACCUUUUAAUCAAUUCUUAAAUCGCUAUAGAAUUACCUCAUAUAUAUUAAGAAAAAUAGGUGCCGAUCAUACUUUUAGAGUACAUGGAGGUAGAAAUGAUUCCCGCCAUCAAUAUUUACGGCAAUUGGCAUGUAGACAUAAAAUAGGUUAUACUUUAUCAGUUGAACAUUAUAGUGUAAUGAAUGACAGACCAAAUACCCCAGCACCUAAACAAGAAAAUAGUGAG